CAGUUUCCGGUUUUGGCCCGUUUCACUCACUCACUAGUCGCUGCUCGCCUUGUUCUCAUUAGUGAUUAUUCUGUGGCGUCUCGAACCCGCUUUCCCAAAUACAGAUAAACCAAAAUUCUUGAAUUUAUUUAUUAUAAAAAGAAAACUAAUUAUAUCAUUAUUUCAUCGAAAUUCGGAGCUUUUGUCGUUCUGUCUCGAUCAUCGACAGAAACAUGCUCCGGAUGUUAUUCCAUUCGGAUCGAAGGUGAAUCGCUUUAUUCAUUUAUUAAGAUUCGAUUGAUAAAAAAUCAUCUUGUCUUUCCUGAGACGCCAAAAAGAAGAGAAUUGCAUAUGGAUCUUACAAUCUGUUCGUAAAUAAUUUUGUUUCAGAGAGCAAAGAUGUCGAUGGUGCAACUUAUGACGGAUUAACCAUUGCUUUUGAAUAAUGCAAAUGAUUUCAUAUGAACAAGAUUCUGACAUUGUUCGGUGGGGUCUUCAGCUAUUUGACAAUGAUCCAUAUUCUAGUUGUGGAUAUUAUGGCACAAUUAUGCCAGAUGACGUGGAUUAUUAUCAUGGACAGUAUUUAGAGGAAGAUAAUUAUGAUACAGAAUGUAGCAACGUAGAAAAUGAUGAGCUUAUUGCUCAAGCUCUUCAAGAAGAACUAUCGCAACUUGCUCUUGCAGAAGCACCGGGAUCUUCAGAUGAAGAAUUGGAGCAUUUGCAACUAUCUGCUUUCUCACAAGGUUGCCUUGGUCAAUCUAUGGGAAACUAUGGCUCUGGGCAGGAGUGUGGCCAGGAAGAGGCUGAUGAUACGGGACCUUCUACUUCAUGUUCAAGCCCUGACCAAAAGUCCUACUGUGGGGAUGAGUGUUCAUAUUCAUUAGAGUUGACAGAUGAGUAUGCUCUUGAUGGAGAAGUGGGAAAAAGGUUGAAUCAGAUGGUUCCUGUUCCUCAUGUACCAAGAAUCAAUGGGGAAAUACCUUCAGUUGAUGAAGCAACAUUAGAUCAUCAAAGGCUACUUGACAGAUUGCAGUUGUAUGAUUUAUUUGAGCAUAAAGUUCAAGGAGAUGGUAACUGUCAGUUUCGCGCUAUAUCAGAUCAAUUUUAUCGAACUCCUGAGCACCACAACUUUGUGAGAGAGCAAGUUAUAAAUCAGCUAAACUCUCACCCGGAUAUAUAUGAGGGAUAUGUUCCCAUGGCUUAUGGUGACUAUUUGGAGAAGAUGUCCAAGAGUGGUGAAUGGGGUGAUCAUGUCACUUUACAGGCUGCUGCAGAUUUGGAUGCUGCACCCAAAGCGCAUAUGAGGAAAUCACCUCUGUAUGGUGUCAAAAUAUUUGUGAUAACAUCUUUCAAGGACACCUGCUACAUUGAAAUUCUUCCUAAUGUUGAGAGGUCAAAGCGAGUAAUUUAUUUGAGCUUUUGGGCAGAGGUGCACUACAACUCAAUAUACCCUGAAGGAGACGUGCCAGCAUCUGUGAUUAAGAAGAAGAAAAGAAGGGGGAUGUUUAGAAAUAAGCAUUUGGAGUCACUGGAUCAAGAUUGAAUGAGUGGAUACCAAAAGGCACAACUACUGCUAUGCUUAGGCCUCGUUGUGUACAUCUCCUUUCAUGUGAUUGUGGACCGACCGCAUUCUCUCAAACGAUUAAUGUCUGAUGUAAAACUCUUCCUUUCAGCUUGUUACCCUGGGCAGUUGCGCUUAGAUAGAUUCUUCUUUUGCAAUCUGUUUUUUUGUCGACGCUGUUCCAACUUGUGCACAAGUUUUCAUAGCUUGCAUGUGCCAUUUUUUGAGGUCACAUGUAUGGUUUGGAUCUUGGUAAUUACCUUAAAAGGCAUAUUGCUGGCAUUUUUAUUAAGAAUGACUAAAAAUGAAAGAAAACCCU